UGACGUUUUUCUGACAUUUGAAUGAUUUUAAUAUAUUUUCAUGACAGACAUUCAGUCAAAUUUCAAACGUCAUAAACUGUCAACGAAUUCAUACGAGAAAGUCUGGUGUAAUGUUUUCGCUCGACUAAUUGCAUUUUUCCACAAUGGAUCCCAAUAAUGCUGAUGCAGAUAGUGGAGAUAAAUGUAAUAUAAACGGAGACUGUUCCCCCCUUUCGGAUAAACUACCAAGCGAGAUAAACCAUACCCGAAAUAUUGAUGACAUAGCUACGCCUUCCGAGUUAAACUUCGAUCAAGACUUUGAAUUCGAGGACCCAUUCAUAACAGAGAAGAGAAAAGAGAUAGAGAAAUGUCUUGAUAAUCCGGAUGUUGUUAAUGUAGACCAGUGGCAGAGCUUUGCCAAAAGUAAAGGUGGCUUGAUAUGUGAUGAAUACAGAAGAAAGAUAUGGCCACUGUUGGUUGGUGUGACUCAGGAGGAAAUGACAGAACCACCAUCUUUGGACGAGCUCUCUACACAUCCUGAAUAUAAUCAGGUUGUACUAGAUGUAAAUCGGUCACUGAAAAGAUUUCCACCCGGCAUUCCCUACGAACAGAGAGUGGCCCUGCAGGAUCAGCUCACUGUUCUCAUACUGCGGGUCAUCAUCAAGUAUCCACAUUUGAAGUAUUAUCAGGGCUACCACGACGUAGCAAUCACAUUGCUACUGGUCUGUGGGGACAAAGCGUCAUUCCCGCUGUUAUGCCGCCUGUCCUACGGCCCCAAGGCCCCACUGGCUCCAUUCAUGCAGGCUACUAUGCAGCCGACACAGCAUUUACUGAACUACAUGCUGCCCGUUAUAAGGAGAGCUGACGACCGAUUGGCGGAAUGUUUGGAGAAAUCGGGCGUGGGCACGAUGUUCGCGCUGCCGUGGUACCUGACGUGGUUCGGGCACAGCCUGAACCGGUACAGCGACGUGGUGCGGCUGUACGACUACUUCCUAUGCGCCGCGCCGCUGUUCCCCGUGUACGUGACCGCCGCGCUCGUGCUGCACCGCGCGCCGCACGUGCUCGCCUGCGACGUCGACAUGGCCAUGAUGCACUGCCUGCUCUCCCGGCUACCCGAUGACUUACCAUUCGAAGACAUCCUGGUGGUCGCCAAGAAGCUGUACGACGAGAACGAUCCGACCGACCUGGAGGGUGAAGUCGCUGCACUUGAGAGGCGAGAGGCGGAGCAGCGCGAGGCGGACGAGGAGCGCAUGCGGCGGCGGCGCGGCGCGCGCGCGCCCGCCCGCGCCUCGCCGCUGGCGCGCUGGGUGCCGGCGGCGCUGCGGCGCGCGGCGCCGCGCCGCACGCUGCUGGCGCUCACGGCGGCGCUGCUCGCCGUCUACGUGUACUACCGGCCCGAGCUGUGGAGGUAGCGCCACGCCUAUCAGUUUGUUCUGUUCGCGCUUUGAGCGAGCGCGCCCGCCGCGCCCGCCGCGGCCCCGUCUGUGUUCAUGAGCUGAACUUUAUUUAUCUCCUCCCCCCCACACAAACAUGUGUAUGUGUUACUUUUUUCCAGAUUGGUUGUGUUUGCAAUAUCUCCCCAAUUAUUAUGAACUUAUUUUUAUUGUAUGGUAUUAUACCUACCUUUAAUAAAUAUGAAUCAAUGAGUUUUUGCCUUUGUUCCGUCUUUAUUUUUAUUUACUUAUGGUCUCAUUGACCAAAGUUAGUGGACACCCCAAUAUCAACAAGUAUUCCAUGAUAAUCUUCUUAAUGGAAUGCUAUUCCUGUUUUCUCUAAUAGGUGCUCUUCUUUCUAAACGAACUUAAUACCAUUUAGUUCAUCAAACAUACAGACGGGGCAAGUAAGAUCGCUCAUAUAAUCAUUAGGCGCUUCAUUAUUGCCUAUUAUGGUGCUUAGUCGAUCGUACGCGCUUGAAGGAACAAACUGAUUGAAAUCGCAUGCAAAUGUUGAUCUUAUUGUUUUAGUGAUAAGGUAUAUUAUAGCGUAACGUUUCAAAAUUGUACGAGUAUAGCGUGACAAUGCGUUUAAUAGUAAAAUGUUUUGAAAGAAAAUAACCAGAUUGCGGUUCUAUUUAUUUUUUUUCAUUUAUUUAUAUUUAAAACAAUUCAUUUAUUAUGGACUUAUUUAUGAUUUCCUUGGAAAGAAGGAAAAUGUAAAUAGUGCAAGUCCAAAUUUUAAAUUACGUUAUUUAUUGUAACGGUUUAUAAAAUACAAAUUAAUAAUUUGUUAAGUUAUUUUGCUUUAUCAAUAACAUUAUAUAACGAGUAAUGUCAAUGGAAUGAUAACUAUACACACUUACAAAGUUGUUUUAUGGUAGUCCAGAGUAAUGUGGCUUGCUAGAUGCAAAAAGAGAAAAGGGAAGAAUGUAAUUCCUAAAAAUUUUAUAAUGUAUAAAUAGUAAUGUUUUCACGUUUGUAGUAAAUUAAAUGCAAUUACGGAAUAUCGUAACUUAGUCAUUAUAAAAGCCUUAAUAUUGUAUUGGUCUAUAUGUUUGUUGAAGCUCAUUUUCCUUACGGUUCUCUGAAUUUUGAAACAACUUUCAUGAAACAAACAUCAAAAUCCGUAAGGAAAAUUAUCGCUUUUCAUUAAUUAAACAUGGGAUAUUAUUAAGAAUGAAUGUAUAUUGGCAUUAGGAUAAACUUAUUUUGAAAAUUAAUAUUAAUUGAGGAAAAUAAGGUUUUAGAUACGAAUUGAAGUGAAUUCCUAUGUAUCUAUUUAUAAUAUUUAUUUUCGCAUUAUGUUUAUGUAGUUUCCAAAUGAUUAUUUAUGAUUUAAAAGAUGAAUUCUGUUUUAUCUUUAUAGAUUGCAGUUGAAAACUCUGAUAUACAUCUUGCAUUAAUGUGUAAUCAUAAUAUUUAAUAUACAAGUUGCAUAAAAUGGUUCUUUUUGCAAUUUUACAUCACUAGAAUUGUGAUAUGAAAUAAAAACGUGAAGUGUACAUUUUCACUUUACACAAAAGUCUGUUAGUAAUCAGCAUUUACAAGUAAUUGGUAAAGUUCUUAGAAUGAUUGUGUUCACAAAAUUGAAAAAAAAAAAUUGUAAUACUACUGAUAUAUUAUGGGAGUAUUAUGAGGAUUUAUAAGAUAAAGUGUGAAGUCAUACUUCAAAUGAGCAUCAAAUUUGUAUUGAUUUCUCAAUACGUCUGUAUAAAAUGAUAGCUGUUGAGCUGUUUGCAUGUUAUAUUACUUUGUGAAUACAUAAAAAUGUAUUAACUAUUAAUCCUAAAGAAAAGUGCACUGUUACGUAGUUCGUUAAGCGGUUGGUUAAGGGUAGUUAAUAUAGAUUUACCGUUUCUAUACUGUGCGAUUCGUUUUGCUUAUGUAUGCUAAGUUUUUUACAUUUUUCGAACGAUGUCAAAAUUUGUCCGUGUGUAAGGAAAACGAAUCGUAUUACAAUAUAGAAACGAGGAUAUUUGUUAUACUCACGCUGGUUGGUUAUAUCUAAGAAGUAUAUUAUUCGAAUAUUUGGUAAUAUAUAACCAAACAUUUUUUUAACUUUUCUUGUAAUUCUUUUCAUGGUAUUUAAGCACUGUUCUGUCAAUUUAACGUCAAAUGAUUUGAUGAAUGAAAGAGGUAACAUUGUGUCCACAGAUAAAAAAUUAGUCGGGUUCGGAAUAAGCACAUGUAUAUUGAGUUAAAAUGUGAUAUUAUUUUGUUACUUAGAUGUAAGUCAUUCGCGACGUUAGCUGCGUUUAGAUUCAUUUGAUUCUCAUGUUACGAAAUUUUGUUGUAAAUAUUAUUAUCUGUAUUUUGUAUUGAUGUUAAGUUAAAUACAGUAGUAUAUGCAA